CAGAACCUCUCAGCACCGAAAAAACCCGCCUGAUUUAUGGUUCCGCGUCACACCAACGCAGAGUACUUUUCGCGUCGCCGCGUUCCCUUCGCCGUACCCUACAGCGUAAGCUCUGCGUCGUUCACAGGAGUCGCACCGCCUCCGCCGUCGCCGCUGCGCGUGAUUUCAGCUGUUCAUUCUCACCUGUUGACGCACCGACAAGGUGCAGGACGGACCUGUCAUUUCACGAAGGGGGAGCAUUUCAACCGAAACCAGGCUGGAGAAAGUCCACAACCACCAGCUGGGGCUGCACGCACCUCCCGAAAGCGAAACCUGGCUGAAGCGACGCUUCCCGAGUGGUUUCGUCCGGACCUGGCGGCGUGACAUGAACACACGGACACGCGCUUCUAGUCGCUCAACGAGGACUUAACUUUUCCAGCUCUUCGAAAUGCCACAGCACAACAUGGAAAACCCAAGGAGCCCGUGGCAGCAGGGUCUGCGGCCGCCGUGGAUCAGCAGAGUGGCCGGGGGUCGGAGUCCCACCUCCUCAGGGGCCGAGUCAGACACGGAGAGCAGCAGCACCGAAAGCGAGAAGCGUUGUGUUAAAAGGCAGGAGGUGGGCUCGCUGAGGGCCCUGCCGUUGCCUUCAAUGCUCCAACAUCGUAUCACGGAGAUCAAUCAACAAAAGGAAGAGCUGAAGAUCGAGCUGCAGCUGGAGAUCGCCCUGCUGCAGGGAGAGCUGCAGACCGAGAGCAGCCAGCUGCACAGACACACUCAGAAGCUGCAGGCUCUGCAGCACCAGGCCCGGCAGAGAGAGGAGCCAAAACCCUCGGGCAGAAUUAAGGAGCGAGAGAGUCUGGAGGAGGAAAGGCGGAGGGUGGAAGAGCUGAAGAAGGGGUGUGAGGAGAAGGAGAAGCUGAUCCCCAGUCAGCCAGAGAGUCAGAGAGAGCAGCUAACGCAGCAGCUGCAGCAGGAGAAGGAGGUGAUGGAGGCGGCGGUUCGGGCUUUUGAGGACUGGGAGUUUCAGGUUCUGGAGCGCGAGAGUGGCGUCGAUGAAGGCGAUGACAACACGGCACAAAAAUUGAAGGAGGGAGAGAAAGAGAUGGAGAAAGAAAUCAAAUGUCAGCAGCAUACAGUCAAUGCUACACAGGAGCGAGUCCAUCAACUGGAGACGCAGCUGAGGGAGUUGGAGAGGGAGAAAGAGAGAGAGCUGAGCGCUUUAAGGAAGGAGAAGAGGGAGCUCGUGCACACAACUCAGAUGGUUCUCAAAGAGAAGAAGCCGCUCACUGAUUGGUCGAACAUAACCGGCUCGGCUCCCUGCAUGAUGUCACUGUCUCCACUGACAGUCCACAAGCCUCCACAGGAACCAUGCAAAGAAGCCUCCAGUUUACCCCGACGACGGAGCUCCCAUCGCAGCAGCAGGCUGUCCGACAGGCCGCUCUCGGUGCAGGGGUUGGUGAGGAUGCUCCCGGACACCCAGAGCACAGAGGCGUACACGUCCCCCCUCGCUCAGCACAGACUCAGCAACGGACACACUAACGGGCACAAACCCGCCACCAGCAACGGCGGCGGGCUCUUCACGCCGUGCAACAGUACCACAAGCUCUCGCGCUGCCAGCCCGUGCCUUUUGGAUCUGGUGGAGAUCGAAAGGAAACUGAGGGAAGCCAAGGCGGAGAAAGAGAGGCUACUCAGAGAAAGGGAAGAGAGACGGAGGAUGUUGUUGUUGUUGGAGCAGAGAAACCAAGGAGAGCCUCACAUUUCUCACACAGAAGAACCGCCAGAACCAGAGACACCUCAAAGGCCAGAACCAGAGACGGCAAAAAGGCCUGAACCAGAACUCAAUGAGUCACCAAAAGCUAUUUGCUCCCCAAACUCCUCUGAGCGCAGCGUGCCCCUCUUUCUCUCCCUGAACUUUGACCUGCGGGCCCAUGUGGAGUCCAUGGGUCACGGGAUAAACAGCUGCACGGACCUGCGGCUCACGCCUCGACGCUGCGCCGGCUUCCUGACCAAGCGAGGGGGGAGGGUGAAGACGUGGAAGAAGAGGUGGUUCCUGUUUGACACGGACCACAGACGACUAGCCUACUAUACAGAUUGUGAUGAGAGGAAGCUAAAGGGAGUCAUCUACUUCCAGGCGAUAGAAGAAGUUUACUAUGACCAUCUACGAACAGCCACCUCUUCUCCACGGCCGAGCCUGACGUUCUGCGUGAAGACAUACGACCGUCUGUUCUUUCUGGUGGCAUCCAACGCCGUUUCCAUGCGGAUCUGGAUGGAUGUCAUUGUAACGGCGACGGACGAGCACAGCCGCUAUUGACCUCUUCCAUUUUUGACACUUAAACAAAGAGUGGAAGCUCCUGCCUCUGGGGCUCAUUCUGAACUUUUACUCAUGAACCUGUGAAUGACGAUGAGGAGCUGCAGCGGUUCGAGCUGCGGACCAGGAGAGCUCGAACAGUGGAGGAGGCUGUUACUGACAGAGCGAUGAAGGCUGAGGUUCACUUGCUAUCGACCAAAACUAGAAGAAGAACCAGCAUCACUCACCAGCAGCUUGCACACUGGGCGUCUGUUACAGGAAGCUGGAGCUGGAGCUCCCCCUGCUGGUCGCUGUGCAACAUUGCAGGAUGGACCCACUACAUGAGAAGACACUACAGUGGAAGUGGACACAGUCUUGGGAACAGAAACAAGCACACUUUAGAGGGACUGUCAUGGUUUUUUUGGUUGGUUUACUUUACAUAGUGAGGUGUUCCCAUUAAUAUGUCCACCUCUUGUCUCUGUGUUUUCCAAUAAGAAUUACAUGAAUUUUUAAAGAUUAUUUAUUACUUGGAAAUGUAUAUGCCUUUGAUUUAAAAAUAAAUGAAGAUGUACUCUGUUAAAAAUGCACUAUUAAAUUUUAUUCAU